AUGGAUAUUCCAAAACAGUACCUAUCACACUUCAUAUUGAUCAUCUUCAUAAAUACAAAUACGUCACAUGCCGACACCAAACAUAGCAUGCCAGUUCCAAACGGUCCAUCAACAACAGAAUCUGUGUUUCUUGCUUUCGGAAAGAUAACUGUAAAGAUCAUCAACGAUCUUGGCGGCAACACACUAACGUUGAAGUAUCACUGUAAAUCAAAAGACGAUGAUUUUGGUGACCGGAGUUUGCAACCAGGUAAGUCGUGGUCGUUUAGAUUCCGGCGUCAAUUCUUCGGAAAGAAAUUGUUUUCCUGUACUUAUGUUUUGCCAAAUGGAAGGUUUUCUUUCAGCAUAUAG